AUGGGUAGGAGAGAGACCUUCAUUGCUUUCUUGGCCUUGGCCGCUGUUGUUCUUGCCGACAAUGCUCCCUACAAGCCCGCCCCUUCCUAUAAGGAGCAACCCGCUGCCUACCAAUACCAAUACGCCGUGGCUGACGAUUAUGCCGGAGUUAACUUCGGCCAAAAUGAGGCCCGUGAUGGUUAUGCCACCAAUGGCGAAUACCGUGUUGCCCUUCCUGAUGGUCGCACCCAAAUCGUGACCUACAAUGUGGCUGAUGCUUACUCCGGAUAUGUGGCUGAUGUGCGAUACGAAAGAGAGACCUAG